UACCGAACACGCUCACAACACACGCGUAAGGAUUUGAACGUAAGGCGGUGCUUCGUGACUCAAUUCCUUCCGUGUGAGUGUUCUACUGUCAAUUCCGAGGCGUGACUGGUGGAAUACUGCUCUGGGGACUUAGGAAACACUCUCUCGCCCAGUUUCCCGGUCACUGGCCAAGGGAAACCAAAAAAAGGGGAAAAAAUCAACUGAAGUGCCAGUCCCAGAUGAGAUGUCAAGAAAAUCAUUGAAAACUGAAGGAUAAGUGUCUUGAAGCCUCCCUCCUGAAAGAGUUCAAGUCACAGGAAGGAGGAAAUACAGAAGCAGGCAGGGAGUUCCAGAGUUUAACCGAGGAAGAAAUUAAAUUGAGUCACUAUUUCCACCUGUGUGACCUGGAGAGCCAUGGAGGGCAAGGCGACCUUCUUUGGCCAGCUACGGUCCCUGUGCACUGAUGUGGAGGCCCGAUUGAAGGUCAUAAAGCAAGAAGUUAGCCGGCCCCCAGGCCGCGCCCCGCAUAAGUAUGACGAAGGACUCAACAGGUUCAAGACGGACAUUCAAGAACUCAAGAAGCAGUCCGAGGAGAUACGAGAGAGAGUGGUGGAGCUCAACAGAUUCCACGGUUACCUGAAGGAUGCACGGCAGCUUGUGGAGGAGCAGGCAGCCGGCACACACAAGAUGGAGAUGUAUUGUGCUCAAUAUGGCUAUGUUAUCCCCAAGAUCGACCUGGAUACCCCAUUUAAAGUGAAAGUGACCACUCCUAACGGUACUACUGGGGACGUGAAGGGCAGCCUGGGCAAGAGUGGUGGUGGUGGCAGCCUGCAGGUGACGCCAGAGCUAAAUGUGUGUACCCAGCUGGUGAUGAAGGGCAAGAGACCACCAGUCCUCACCACCGGCAUGAAGACCAACACAGAAUCCUCAAGCCUCUACCCUGAAACCCCGUCUGCCUGCAUGACUCCAAGUAAGAUCCCUUUGGCCAUCAAGACCCCUACAACUCCAAGGACUCCCAAGACCCCCUUCACUCCCAAGACCCCCAAGACCCCCUUCACCCCAGGCCCUAAGCCAUACAUGAUGAUGGAGCAGUGGAUGACGGGCACAGCUGAGGACUUCCCCACCACCCAUGACACUCCUGACACAGAGAGGAAUUCUGAAACGGCGGGAGGAAUGGAGACAGGAGAGGAAGGAGACAUAAUGCAGACUCCCACACAGACUGACGAUGCAGAGCCAGACAUAAACAGCCAUUCAUCAGCACCAGGAGGUCCCUGUAAUGCCCCAUGCAGCAUCACCACACCCACCGAGCCCAUGCUGUCCUCGCUUACCACACUCAUGCUGGCUGGGAUGAGUGAGGGUGUAUCAAAGCCUGUCAAGAUGCAGAUCACCACCCCUGAGGAGCCUGUUUUGCACACCCAGCACAUCUCAGUGAGCGUCAAGAACAGCUAUGAUGAGAACAGGACGCCAGAGGAACCCAUGCUGCACUACAAGAACUGCAUAGAGGAGGCAGCACAGCAGGAGAUGCCCGAGGAUCCUGUUCUGUCCUACCAAAGCAACAUGCCAUAUGGCUGGAAAGGUUCUGCAGUCCCGAAGGAGCCGGUGCUGUCCUACCAGCGUGUCACCUCGACAACACCCACGCAGAACCCCACAUACAGGAGACCCAGGGACGCCAGGAUGUUCACACCUCACACGGAGAUGAAAGAUGACAAUCCUUGUACACCGGAGCUCUCAGACAUGACCAAAUCCCUUCUGACCCGCUUGGCACUGCAGGCACCCUCACAGCUGCAGCAGGAGCACAGGAAGGAGCACGAGGAACAUGAACAUCCCCAUAGGAGCCUCCAGGAACCACCACAGCCACACAGGGAGAUCAAAGCGUCUGCACAGCUAACCAGCGAACUCAGGGGUAUGUCAUGGCCUCGGUGGAACCAGCAGGGGGCGUCUCUCCCAUGUAGGAGCAUAAUAGGAGCGUCACAGCUACACAAGGGAGCAUCACAGCCUCAUCAUCAGUCCUUCUCAGCAGCCAUGAACAAGCUGAACACUACAUGGGAUGAUGAGAAUGCAUGGGGCACCAGGGACACACAGCACCCCUGGACCACUGGCGGGAGGGACAGGCCAGUGGGUGACAAGGUGCAGGCCACAGUGGACCCUUACCUGAUAGAUGAUGUUCCCCUGUCUCCGCAGUUGUCAGAUAUCACUCAGCGCAUCAUUGGCCAGUUAAGACGAUAAGGUUGUCUCUUCUUCACUAUCAAUCUGUUCAUUUGCAGGUUUUGGUGAUGGUUUUAAUUUUUGUGAUUCUUGACUUCUGUUUUCAUUCUCCUGACUUUGAUUCUAUUGCUCUUUUCAGUUACUUUUCUUGUUUUGUUUUUAUUUCCUCAUCUCUGAUUUCUCUUUUCAAUUACUUUUCUUGCUUGGUUUUCAUUUUCCUGAUUCCUCUUUUCAAUUACUUCUCUGGUUUGAUAGUUUUUGUUUUCAUAAAUCUUACUUCUCUUUAGUGACUUUUCUUGCUGGGAAUGCAAUGUAUGGAGGAGGAGAUGAACAGGUGGCCAUGACUAAAGUUACUCUUCAUACAGGUAUUUUGUCUUUUUAACAUGUUUUUUCAAUCUUCCAUUUCUCUGUUAUUGAUAGUUAUAAUUUUUGUCUUUACUGUUAGUCUUGCAUAACUUUUAUCUCCUCCCCAUAAGAGUAGUAGAGUAGUUAGGACGAAUGGGAGGCAGUGUCUGGAGAUGUCACAAAAACUGGUGUAAUACAAUCAUGACAGGUGGACAAAAGCAACACCUUCAGAUAGCUUAGUUACCUGGAAAGAACAGUUGAUGUGCUGAGGAUGUGAGAGGAUGACCCAUCAGGAGGUGAAUGCAGUGAGCAUAGAAACAAACAGAUAGGGACAGUGUGGCCACCUGUUUACAAGGAGCUCCAAGGAAGUGUCAGGUAGAUAAAAUGCUUACCAGGUCUUGUGCCUUAGAAAUUCAGGGAUUCAGAAUGUGUUUCCAUGUUGCUUUCAUACAUAAGACUAAGAGGCGAGGACUUGGGUGCUGGGACACCUUUAAAAUUGUACGAGAGGGAAGAUGUCCAAUUCUUACUCAUCAUUUACUUUCUUCUGCCUCUUUGGAUUGUCUGUAUUUUAAGCAUGGAAGGGCAAGGUGUCUGAAAACAAGAUUCAAUAAAAAAUAUAAUUUUG